AUGUGGUCUGGUGUGGUGGUGCUGGGGGCAGCGGUAGAUGGGGCAGGUGAUCCCAGGAUACGUCAGGUGACGGGGGUUAUGUCACGCCGUGAGGUGACCUUCCCUGUGCUUACCGUCACCACUGCCACAGGAGAAAUGCGCGCUGAUGGAGAGAAAUUCCCGCUACGCUGCAUCAUGUUGCUGCACACUGUUAACACCACAAGCCAGGGACUGCUUGGAUCAGGAAACACCUCGCUCUCUGCCAGUCUUGCUCCUUACCACAUCCCUGCAGCCUCCAGGCAGCUUCCUGCUCACCUCCUUUGUUGCCCUGUUACUCUGUCCCCCUUUACGGCAGGCCGCGGCCCCGCCCCUCUCCUACCGUCGCCGCCGCCGCCGCCGCCCUCUGUGGGGCCACCGCCGCCUUAUAACAGUGGUGACCUGCCGCUGCGUGCUGCACGGCGACACCCGCCUGGCUCUAGCCUGUGGGCGUUAAGAGGGAGUGUAUGGCGCGACGCUCCCCUUGAUCCUCCACCGCGGCAAAAACCUUCCAAAGAAAAGGCUAGGCUACCGCCCCUCGAUGUGCCCCGCUCGCACUCCCCCACAGGCCUUUGCCCUCAUUCCUCCUCCACUCCACACUCCCUCCGGCACCCGGCACGCUCCGCAGUCUUUGAGCUGAGGGCCCAAGCGUGGCGUGCGUGGUCACCCAUCCUCGAGAAUUAUAUUAGAAGGACGUCGUGGAUCUGUUGA